AUGGGAAAUCCCGCCUCUCUGUCCUGUGCCGAGAACAUCGCUCUGUUUCACUUCCUUCAUGCUGAUCGCGGAAGAGACGGGGAACUUCGGAAAGACGCUGUUCCUUCACUCCCAUCAGUCGCGCCUGUUGAAGCCCUGCCUACCGACCACAAGAAUUAUAUUCUUUCAUUUGACAGGGAACGUAGCCUCGCUAGCGCGCUCGCCUUCAUAUCCCAGAUCGAGGACGACCCCGACCACAUCCCUGCCGUUUGCAUUCGGGAGGAUCAUUCCUUGCCGGCAAAGCCAUCACUCCGCAUACUGCUGGCUGUGAACAAAUCCGAAUUCGAUGAUGGCGACGAUACUCUGAAGAAAAUAAGACAAGACAAUCAUCACGUAGAGAUUGAACAUAAGAUACGCCGGUUGAUUAUAUCCAUGUGCUUGGAACGGAUUCUGAGCCGAUUACGCUUGACGACCAUCGAGAGGAGGAAGACGAAGCAGCAUCCCAGGACUAGAUUUCACAACAUCAUUCAGGCUCUCCCAUCACAUGGCAGUGCCUUCAUGGAAUCGUCAAAUGGCGAAAUGGUGUCAGAGAAAGAGCUAGAAGUGUUUGUCCAAAGGCUGAAGGAAGUUGUGUCCCUGAUUGACGCGUAUACGAACCACCCGAGGGAGCAGCAGGCCGAGGACCUGGUUGUCGCAAUUGCUCGUCUCCGCCGGCUAGAUUGCGAGACCAUGCUAAACACGAUAUCGGAUGACCAAAUCGAGGCCAACAACAAGAAAAGCACAUUGAACAUGAUAAGGAAAGUUGCUCGGUACGCAGAAGCUGCGCGGUUCCUCAUCCGAACAUGCAAGAAAUUCCCGAUUGCUCGACGGAUGCAAGUGGUGAUUGUAAAUCUCCCGAGAGAUGCAUCGGCUCGCGCACCUUUGAAACCCGAAUACAGUAUUGAUAUAGCGUCUAUGCUAUUGAGGGUCAAAGCACCGAAGAGGAGCAAUCGUAUGACGCAGCAAUCACGGAUGAACACCAUCUGCCGCUUGCUCGGUACGACUCCGGACCGGGCGGACGAAGACCUUACCAAGCAAGCCGCCAAAACUCACGAGACUGGAAAGGUACAUGCUGAAGUCCAAAUGAUCGCUCAUUACGAGACCACCAGGAAGGCGGAACUGGAAAAUAGCAAACUCCUCCCGCCUAGGAUUGUCUCAUCCUGCAAAAAAGCAUGUUUUCUCUGCGACCUGCUAGUCAAGGUGCAUGGCAAGAUGCAAACACCUUGGUCACAUGGGAAAUUGUAUCCGGGGUGGCGGCUGCCCGACUGUCCAGGGCUCGAUCUCCAGGAGCGUUUCAACGGCGUUCUAGAGAAUUGUAUCAGAAAUAGUAUCGCGCUACUGUUUGAGAGGGGUGAAAGAACAACCUACCCAGCACCAAGCGAGAGUACACUUAUCACGCUGCCUUCACUAGCAUCAGAGCCAGUCAGCGUGCCGGUCCCGAAGAACGACGACAAGGUCGAAAUGACCGAGCCGCAUAUCGAAGGCACCCAAACUAUGAGCGAUGUUGAUGGAAAUACAAAAGAAGUCGACCAGACGGAUUCCAACCCCAAUUCCGGACCUCCAUCAAGUUUGACGAGUAUGAGAUCCGCUGAUGGAAAGACCUCCCAUGAAUAUAAUGCUCGCAUUAAGCCAGAUCGCGCAUCUCAGUAUUUCCCGGUCAAUCAGUCGCACCAAAUUGAGAAGACUGUGGAGGGGCCCAGUCUACAAGGCGAGUCUGUUCAACAGGAACAUUCAUCAUGUGGCAAGGUGGGAAAGGAAGCGAAAUACGACCACGACACCUCGCCACAAAAGGAUUCGGAAGACUCGGCACACGACGGCACUGAGCUGGGGAAUGAGGAUCUACGCGACACCUCCAAUGAGGCUGUUAUUUCUUCGGACUCAGAUGAGCGGUCUUUCCAACCAACUGAAUCUUGCGUGGACAGCGUCAACUUACUCGGUGCAUACCAUCAUUUGAAACCGGGUCAGAAGGUUUCGGACACUGUUCAUACCAUGCAGAUGAAAACCUUCUUUACCAGGUCUCUAGUGGUCCAAGUUGAAUACUCCAUUGGACCAAAUCUGCAAGCAGCGGGAGGGAAGCAACGGCGAGAGCUUCCAUUCAGCAUAGAGCGGUUGGGUGUGGAUGAGGUUGCAAGAUUGAAGAAUGAAGGUAUUUUGACAAUCGGAAAAGAAGAGGCAGUCAUUGGCGAGGCACCGACAGUUCUGCCUAGCAUGGAACAUGUUUACGUGGCUGCCGGAGGGGUUGUGUUCAGGAUGGACUUCCACUGA